AGACAUAAUUGACUGUACCCCACUCCCUAAGGAGUAAGGUCCCCUUUCUCUAACCUCAUACCCCACUCCCUUUAUUCCCAUGUCCCAAUGCUUCCUUAACCAACAACACUCCAUUCUUAAACCUUAAUCCCUUCAUUACCUUUGACUAAACUCCCCCUUUCUCUCUUCAUCUCCUAAACUACAAUGUGAAGCAAUGAAAAUACUAGAGCUUUUUCUCUCUCUGCUCUACUUCCAUGCUUGUCCAAACCCUAGAUCUGUCCCCCUCUUAGGUGCAGCUUUUUCAGUGACUGUGAAAAAAGUGGAAAGUGGGUAAAAUUUAGUAAAAUAUUUUGUUGGGAGAUGAGUGGCAGCACCUCUACGUCAGUGGUGGGGGGAGGGGGGUAUGGGUAUGGUUACCGGCCACCAUUCACGGCAGUGCAAUGGCAGGAGCUGGAGCAUCAGGCAAUGAUAUACAAGUACCUGGUGGCAGGUCUACCUGUUCCACCGGACCUCGUUGUUCCAAUUCGUCGGAGUUUUGAAGCCAUCUCUGCUAGGUUCUUUCAUCACCCCAGCUCGGGCUAUUGUUCCUAUUAUGGAAAGAAGUUUGACCCUGAGCCUGGAAGGUGUAGAAGGACUGAUGGAAAGAAAUGGAGGUGCUCGAAAGAUGCAUAUCCUGACUCCAAAUAUUGUGAGCGGCACAUGCAUCGAGGUCGCAACCGUUCAAGAAAGCCUGUGGAAUCUCAAUCUGCUUCCCAGUCCUUGUCGACUAGUAUGUCGCUCAUUACUACUGGGAGCAGCAAUACAAGAGGAAGUUUCCAAAGUAGCAGCAGUGGAAGUUUCCAGCACAUGCCAUUAUAUUCUGUUGCUAAUUCAGAAGAACUGAAUUAUGGAAGCAGUGCAACAAAGUUGCAGAUGGAGCCUGUGUCCUAUGGAAUAGAUACCAAGGACUAUAGGUAUCUCCAUGGAAUUGCUCCUGAUGCUGAUGAGCAUAAUUUAUCUUCAGAAACUUCUGCAACUGUCAGAAAUUUAGGGAUGGGGACCACCAUGGACAGCACAUGGGUAUUGCCCUCUCAAGUUUCUUCAAGCCCCGCGGCGAGACCAAAAAAUGAUUCUCAGUUGCUGGGUAGCUCACAGCAGAUGCAUCUACCUAAUCUACUUGAGCCAAUGAUUGAUUCAACAAUUUCAAAACGACGACACCAGCAUUGCUUCUUUGGCAGUGAAAUUGAUUCACCUGGAACAGUAAAGCAGGAGCAGCAGUCAAUGCGCCCUUUCUUUAACGAAUGGCCCACUGCUAAAGAAUCGUGGUCCAACCUUGAUGAUGAGGAAUCCAACAAAAACAAUUUCUCCACUACACAGCUCUCUAUAUCCAUUCCAAUGGCUCCUUCUGACUUCUCUUCAAGAAGUGCUUGCUCCCCGAAUGGUGAAAAUUGACAUCCUAGGAAAAACAGCUUCUCCCAUCUUACUGGUUUAGUCUUUUACAGCAAGCUUAUUGAUAUCAUUGGUUUUUUCUUGGCUGUAGAUGCUUGAGGGAGCUGCCGCUGUAAAAACUCAGCAGUCUGGUGCUAUGCAGAUGAGCAGACAUGCUAGUACUAACACGUCAUCUGCUUGUAUGAGCUUUAUGCAACCUUCAUGUUGCUGGAACAUUGAGUUGUUCCAUGUCUUUGUGGUUGAUUUCCAAUUUUCAACGAUGUUUUCAGGAAAAAAACAAGCUGUCUUCAAAUGCUGCCCGUGUUCGUUAUAAAAAAUAAAUGUAUUUUUACCAGUCUUUCUUCUGGUGUUUAGAUGAUGAUUACUUUGUGGUUUCAAUAUUUGGUUAUCCCUCAACGAAACUUUUAUUUCAUUCUC